AUGAGCAAGUUGGGAGCUGCGAGCCGGGGGCUGUACCUUCUGAUCGCCUUUUUGCUGAACACGGCCCUUCGGGUCGGCCUCAACCUGUCGUUGAUCAUUUCCGUUGGGAUGACGUUUUACGCCGUCGGCAAGUUCUCUUCUCAAGCCAUCAAGGAACGCAAAGAAGGUAUCUUUUUGUGGACUUUUCAUUUAUUUAUCAGGACGGAUUUGCUCACUCUUACUGUCCAAAAGCCUUUAAUUUAAUGACACGUUUUUGUAAAAAAACAUUUUUAGCAUUUCGCUCAACUUUUUAGCUUUAUGGAUAAGUAAAAUGAUAAAAUUUACAUGUAAGAAAGUUUAGUUUUUCUUUUAACAUGCUCCAUCGAUUUUUUCAUUCUAAACAUAAAAGGCGAAAUAUAAGGAGACCGAUUUUUUUCGAUUUGAUAAUUCUUGGGGAAAAUUAUUAUCUUUUUACCUUAGCCAUAUUGAAAUUUUCAAUGUUGUUCCUUCCCUUUUUCAGGCAAUUAAAAAAAGUUUGCUUUUAGAAUUGCAGAACUAGAAAAAGUUCGAAGUUUUCAAUCAUUAGUAACCCUUGAUGGAAGCGUGAUUUUGAACUUGCCUCUCCAAUUUUUUUUUUCAUUAUUAGAACAAGCAAAAAAAAGUUUUUUUUUUGCAAAAUUCAAAUCCGCAAUACCAAUUUCUUUUAAUUAAACUAAAUAUUUUAUUCAAAUUUGAAUAAAAAAAGAAUUUUUAGACGAACGCUGAUUUCUCUUUAUUGACCAUACAUAAGUUUCCUUCUGAACCAACUGGAACAAUCCUAAAACGUUCAAAGUAUACAAUCAGCCAUUGACAACUGCAACUGAUAACGCUAGUUGAUAUGAAGAAGACGUUUCUUCCAUAUAUGACAAUCAUAUCCAAACACCUGUGAACGGAGCGAACUUCGACGUUCGACGACUGGAAUAGAACUGCAAAUGCUGCGAAACAGAACGGCGAUCAGGGUGGCGGAGGAGAAAAAAAGGCUAGGGUGUGGGUGAGAAGGAGAGAGCGCGAGCUAGGAAUACAAAAAAGAGGUGGCCGUCAGAGACAGAGGAGAGGACUGUCCGACCGGCCAAGCGAUCCCUCUUCUUCAUUCACUUGGUCCCCAAGAACGACUGAAGACAUGGCUCAACCCAAAUUCCGUCGUCAGCAGAAGGAGGUCUACGUUCCUGCAACCGAUUUCGUUGGAAGAGGUACUUAUUCUCGUUUUAAUCUCGCUUUUCCUUGGAAUUCUACUUAGCAAAGUUCGCCUGCAAAACAUGGGACUUGGAAGUUAUCGUAAAACUCUGUGCAGUUUCAUCUUCUAAAGGAUGAGGACAGAGAUUCGGCUACUAUAGGCUUGGACUCCUAGGAAAGACUUUAACGAGCUUUCGACUGUUGGCCUAUAGAUUGGUUGCUGCAAGAUCGAAAAAGAUUUAUUUGAUCUUUCCUUCGUCGCUGAGAAUCGUACAAGCAGUUUCAUUGUUUCACGUUCCAGAGCCGUAGCUCAGUCUCAAAUUCUCGAACAAGACUCAAACGCGUUUUUCUUUUCCGUUAUGAUGGAAAGAAAGCCCGUUGUCCAUCACAUUCACCUGUUUUUCUCUGAGUCUCUAGAAACAACAGCCGUUUGUCAAAUCAAUGAUCGAACUCCUACGGGGCUCGUCUUGAAGAAAUUUCUCGGCAUUGGUUCAGCUCCUUCCCAAUGUUUGUCCAACUUUUUCGGUCGACGUCCAGCGGUCAGUCUAUUUUUUCACGGUUUGCGCAGCUCGCCAAACAAAUAGUUUCUGAUUAUAUCGAUUGGAAAGGUCGAAAGAUUUUUUUUUCGGUAAGAAAAUGGAUAUGGACACUAUAACUCUUCUGAAACCGAAAGUGGUAUCGUGUAGCUUUUUCAUUGAUUAAUUUUGUGUCGAAUGCAUCUACUCGUAUCGUAGUAGACAUUCUGUCGGGAUGAAUGUGAAUUUUGCGUCGCUACACAAAAAAGUGGGACAAAAUUGUGUCAUGUCCUUUUUUUUUGUUGGUCUGAGACCCCGUUUUAUGACCGCUUUUGCGUGAGAUAUUUCGUCGUUUUAUAGGAUUUUCUGAAAGAUCGAUGAUGAUUUGAGAAUUCGUGUCGUUAUCUUUGAAAUAUUUAAUUGACGUGAUCUUGACCUCGGUUUUUCUUUUUGGCGGCUUUCUUAUCGCUUCGCGGGAAACUUUGAAAACGUGGUCAGAACAGAAUAUUUAGAUCGAUUGUCCAAGGUAGCUCUUUCAACUCGUUCAAAUGCUUAUUGUUUUAAAUUCAAAGGAAAGAAGCAAGGUCGCUUAAUUGAAAAAACUUUCGCUGAAGUAAACCAUCAAAGUUCAACUCAAAAUAUACAUAGUAGAGAAUAAGAGUUCGAGUUCCUUUGUUUCAAAAAUGCUCGAAAUAAUGAGACAAAUGUUUGCGAGGUGGCUUAAAAGUGCCGAAAAGCGUGAAGAAGCUAAUAUUGUCCACAAAGUGCUGAAGAGGCCACUGCUAAUACUACAGAAAUGAGUCAUGGAACGAAGGCAGCGAGGCGCAGAACAACGCUAUUUGUUCGGCGGUUUCAAUUCGUCGCUUUUCCGCAUUUUGAUACGUUCCGAAUUCUGUUUCGGUGUAUUAUGUGCAAUGCAAUAUGUCGCUAAAAAGUCUACGGCGUCGCGCUUAUCUUGAUGACCUGUUGAGGUUGAACGAGGAGGAAAGUCAGCUUUUUUUAGUUGGAGACUUUUUGAAGUUGUUUUUCAUGUCGUUGACUCUGUGUUAGAUUUCAUUGAUGUUUCCUCUUGAAAGAAAGAUGUUGAAAUACCAAAAUAGUUGAUAGUAAUCCUUUUUUUCUGUUAUUGAAGACUUGAUAAUUGAUUCACCGCAGACGUCCAUCAAUAUUCCGGAUACGUGGGAAAACACUUCUUGAAUCAACAAGAAAAGUAUUGUUCAAAAGGAAGAUAUCUUCCGUUUCAUCCGCAUUUAUUUUUGUGAAAAGCUAUAUUGACAAAACUGGGCCCGUUCAAUUUUUUGAGGCUUACGUGGUUAGAAGUGCACGUAUUUAGUUUCGAACUCAGAUAAAUAUUUAUCUGCAAGGAAGUUUGAUUCUCGACUUGAGUUGUUGAAACAAAUUUUUAAAAUAAGAAGAAUACCGGAGUAAUUCAGGAAGUUAUUCAAUUGAAAAUAACUUGAACAUGUAUUCCUUUGCAGUCCUUGACCUGAUCUACUGGCGCGACCCCAAGAAGAGCGGCAUCGCCCUGUCUCUGGCGCUCAUCGCUCUUUUCAUCCUCGGCCGCUAUCCGCUGCUCUCGGUGAUCGCCUACACGGGUUUGGCUGUCGUCGCCGCAACUCUCGGCUUCCGGUCUGUCUUUUUUCUCCGAAUGCGUUCAUAAAUUGAUGUCUUACAGUAUUUUCAAAUCGGUCGAGGGACAAAUCAAGAAGACUGGUGGUGAAAACCCCUUCCAGUGAGUUUUUUUUUUCCUGUUGCGAAAAUAAUAGCUUAGACGGUUUUUUUUUUAAAUAGAUCAUACGGUUUUCCAAGCUCAAAUGAAAAAUUCCUUUCGACCCCAUCAAAUGUUUCAAUGUUGCGAAAGGGAUCAUUAUGAUUGCAGAGAGUUCCUGGCCAAGGAUCUGACUGUGCCUCAAGACCGCGUCCAUGCCCAGGUCGACGUGUUGGUCGAACAUGGAAACUGUCUCGCCAACCAGAUCAAGCGCCUCGUGUUCGUUGACAGCAUCCUCGACACUGCUAAGGUAAUCGAAACACUUCAAACAAAUCAGAGUAGGCUUUUUCUGAAGAACGAAAAGAAUAGAAGUUGACUCCAAAAAGGGUCUGGUCAGAUUAUUUUCAACAAAAAGUGCUUGGAAACUUAAUUUAUCCUCUCUCAAUUUUAUCUAGUCAGCCUUGGAGAUAAAAUGCUGAAAAAAUGGAAGCCCUAUUAAUGAAGUUUUCAAUUAGGAGAUUUUUUUGUUCUUGUCCCACAAAAGGGUUUUCAGUUCGGCCUGUUCCUGUGGUCGUUGACGUACAUCGCUUCGUGGUUCUCCGGAUGCGCCCUUGCCUUCCUCGGUAUUGAGAAGCUUGUGAACUCCUUGAUUAAGUUUCCAUUUUUAGCUAUCGUCGGAACUUUCUCGAUCCCUAAGCUCUACGAGACUUACCAGGAGCCCAUUGACGCCAACCUCGCCGUCGUAAAACAGCAUCUCCAGAACGUCCAGAACACGUGAGUUUUGUUUUUUUUUUUGUAAGUUUUAGAUCUAACUUUGAAGUGUGUAAUAAAGAUGGAUGUCCACGCCCCAAGAAUCAGAAGGAAGAGAACUAUUUAAUGUGUUUACAGGCUCGAGGAAAAGCUUCCUUUCCUGCGUCGCACGACCGUCGAAGUGGAGAAGAAGGAGCAGUAA